ACUGAAUUAUGUUCAUCAAUUUUCUAUUGCAUUUGUUUCAUUGGGCUGAGGGAGGGUUUCCGGAAACAGCACUAUCUAGACCUCAUCACAGCCAGGUGCUAGCAGCAGCUAUUUCUUCUGUAGGGAUCAUUCAUGUCUCCUGUGUCUGGUCUCGCAUUCACUGUCCUCUCUUCAGGUCUCAACACUUUCUGCUAUCCCCACAAACAAACAAAAACUAAAAUCCUAACGGCAGGGCAGAAUAAAACAUGUCUGCUGGAAGGAGCUGUUGCUUAUUGUAGCUGUUUUCUGUUGGCUCCUCCUUUUUUAUUUUUAUCAGAAGUUAAAGGUGAAACCGCAAGAGGGUUUGGAAGGUUUUCUAGGUUUAAAGUGGUUUAGCAUUAAGGGCCGUCCAACCUUCAAGUUCACCUUUUAAUAACCAUAUCUGUGUUGAAAACGUCCCCCUCAACAACCCUUAACCCCGUGGCUUUGAAACAUUAACAGCUUGCUGUGCAUCUUUUGAUUUCUCAGACUUGCCCCCUGCCCCCACCACAACCACCCUCACCUAGUUAAAGGUACAGUGAGUAGUUUUGGUUGUCAGCAGAAAUAAAUUAAUAGAUAAAUAGUCAUACACCAAUGACAAAAAAAACAGCUUCCCAGUAUUGCUGUGCGUUCUAUGCUUCUUGGUUCUCUGUUUCAGGCCUUUAAGUUAUGUUUUAUAAUGUUCAUGUACAAUGUACUAAACACAUUUAGAAAAUAAGAUUGAGUCAAAAUCCAUUGAUUCAAGAUGCUCAGUGGGCACAGGAAUUUGAGGAACAUAAUCAUUCCACUCCUGGCUAAGAGAAACACCUUCAUUUUAGGCCUACCAAUAUAUUAAUUUCUCUUUUGCAACAAAACCUACUUACUGCACCUUUAAAGUCGAUGAUCCCUACAGCUGAAAUACUGUUGAUCCGAAUAACACUAGUGACGUUAACAAGUACACUAACUAAAACACCAAGCCAAAAUAAGGAGCAUAUCACUCUACAGAAUUUGAGGGUGUCAAAUCAAACCUGUGGUCUGUCUUGCUGUUCUUACGAGGCACACCAGUUCAAGGUGAAAACAAGCUUUUAGGAUGACUUGCCAUAUUGUUUUAGUUGUUUAGCUCUUUAUUUGUUUAUCUUUUUAUCUUCAGCAAAUGAGCUGUGAGGGUGUGGCUAUUUGACUUGACCAUAUUUUGACCCCAGAAAAGAAACCAAUAAAAACAUGAGGAGAGCAGAGAUCAUUCCAUUCUGGCUCUCUUUGGGGUACUAUGCCCUGCAGAUUCUGGAAACGGUUAUAAAAACAAGAUGGAAGAUUUUACCACGAAACCAGUGUGAAGGAAUAAAAAAGUAUGUUGUCGGUCUGAUUAUCAAGACGUCGUCUGAUGCAGCAACUGUCGAGAAAGAGAAGGUAUACAUAGGAAAGCUAAACAUGAUCCUGGUGCAGAUCCUGAAGCAGGAGUGGCCCAAGCACUGGCCAACCUUCAUCAGCGACAUUGUGGGUGCGAGCCGCACCAGCGAGAGCCUGUGCCAGAACAACAUGGUUAUCCUAAAACUGCUGAGCGAGGAGGUGUUUGACUUCUCCAGUGGCCAAAUGACCCAGGUCAAAGCCAAGCAUCUAAAAGACAGUAUGUGUAAUGAAUUCUCCCAGAUCUUCCAGCUCUGCCAGUUCGUCAUGGAAAAUUCCCAGAAUGCCCCACUGGUCCACGCCACUUUAGAAACACUGCUUCGGUUUCUCAACUGGAUCCCUCUGGGCUACAUAUUUGAAACCAAGCUCAUCAGCACCCUCGUGUAUAAGUUUCUAAACGUGCCCAUGUUCCGAAACGUGACGCUGAAGUGCCUGACCGAGAUUGCAGGUGUGAGCGUGAGCCAGUACGAGGAGCAGUUUGUCACGCUGUUUACACUCACCAUGAUGCAACUCAAACAGAUGCUUCCUCUGAACACCAACAUCCGCCUAGCCUACGCAAACGGCAAGGACGACGAGCAGAACUUCAUCCAGAACCUGAGCCUGUUCCUCUGCACCUUCCUCAAGGAGCACGGCCAGCUCAUCGAGAAGCGCCUCAAUCUGCGGGAGACCCUCAUGGAGGCACUGCACUACAUGCUGCUGGUCUCUGAGGUGGAGGAGACAGAGAUUUUCAAGAUCUGUCUGGAGUACUGGAACCACCUGGCGUCCGAGCUGUACCGCGAGAGCCCCUUCUCCACCUCCACCUCGCCACUCCUGUCAGGCAGCCAGCACUUCGACGUGCCCCCUAGGAGGCAGCUCUAUCUGCCCGUCCUCUCCAAGGUGCGUUUGCUGAUGGUAAGCCGCAUGGCCAAGCCCGAGGAGGUGCUGGUGGUGGAGAAUGACCAGGGCGAGGUGGUGCGCGAGUUCAUGAAGGACACCGAUUCCAUCAACCUCUACAAGAACAUGAGGGAGACGCUGGUCUACCUGACUCACUUGGACUAUGCGGACACUGAACGCAUCAUGACUGAGAAGCUUCACAACCAGGUGAACGGGACCGAGUGGUCCUGGAAGAACCUGAACACGCUGUGUUGGGCCAUCGGCUCCAUCAGUGGGGCCAUGCACGAGGAGGACGAGAAGAGGUUCCUGGUCACAGUCAUCAAGGACCUCCUGGGCCUGUGUGAGCAAAAGAGGGGUAAGGACAACAAGGCCAUCAUCGCCUCCAAUAUCAUGUAUAUCGUGGGCCAGUACCCACGAUUCCUGCGCGCCCACUGGAAGUUCCUCAAGACUGUAGUCAACAAACUCUUUGAGUUCAUGCACGAAACCCAUGAUGGCGUGCAGGACAUGGCCUGCGACACGUUCAUCAAGAUCGCCCAGAAGUGCCGGCGACACUUUGUCCAGGUGCAGGUGGGUGAGGUGAUGCCCUUCAUCGACGAGAUCCUCAACAACAUCAACACCAUCAUCUGUGACCUCCAGCCGCAGCAGGUGCACACGUUCUACGAGGCGGUGGGCUACAUGAUCAGCGCAAGUAACGACCAGGCCACGCAGGAGCACCUGAUAGAGAAGUACAUGCUCCUGCCCAACCAGGUGUGGGACAGCAUCAUCCAGCAGGCGACCAAAAACGUGGACAUCCUGAAGGACCCAGAGACGGUAAAGCAGCUGGGCAGCAUCCUGAAGACCAACGUGCGGGCCUGCAAGGCCGUUGGCCACCCCUUCGUCAUCCAGCUGGGGCGCAUCUACCUGGACAUGCUCAACGUCUACAAGUGUCUGAGCGAGAACAUCUCCGCUGCCAUCCAGACCAAUGGUGAGAUGGUGACGAAGCAGCCUCUAAUAAGGAGUAUGAGGACGGUGAAGCGGGAGACGCUAAAGCUGAUCUCCGGCUGGGUCAGCCGCUCCAAUGACCCCCAGAUGGUGGGGGAGAAUUUUGUUCCUCCGCUUCUGGAUGCCGUGCUCAUCGAUUACCAGCGGAAUGUUCCGGCUGCCAGGGAGCCCGAAGUGCUCAGCACGAUGGCAACCAUCGUAAAUAAACUUGGCGGGCACAUCACCACGGAAAUCCCACAGAUUUUUGAUGCUGUCUUCGAGUGCACUCUGAACAUGAUCAACAAGGACUUUGAGGAAUACCCCGAGCACAGGACGCAUUUCUUCUACCUGCUCCAGGCGGUCAACUCCCACUGCUUCCCAGCAUUCCUGGCCAUCCCCCCAGCCCAGUUCAAGCUGGUGCUAGACUCCAUCAUCUGGGCCUUCAAGCACACCAUGAGGAAUGUGGCUGACACGGGUCUGCAGAUCCUGUACACGCUGCUGCAGAAUGUGGCGCAGGAGGAGGCUGCAGCCCAGAGCUUCUACCAGACCUACUUCUGUGACAUCCUCCAGCACAUAUUUUCAGUUGUCACAGAUACGUCGCAUACUGCUGGUCUGACGAUGCACGCCUCCAUCCUGGCCUACAUGUUCAACCUGGUGGAGGAGGGCAAGAUCAACACGACCCUGAACCCCUCCAGCCCAGUCAACAACCAGGUGUUCAUCCAGGAGUAUGUGGCCAACCUGCUCAAGACCGCCUUCCCUCACCUGCAAGAUGCCCAGGUGAAGGUGUUUGUAACAGGCCUCUUCAGCUUGAACCAGGACAUCCCCGCUUUCAAGGAGCACCUGAGGGACUUCCUGGUGCAGAUUAAGGAGUUUGCAGGUGAAGAUACAACAGACCUGUUCCUGGAGGAGCGGGAGGCGUCUCUCAGACAGGCCCAGGAGGAGAAGCACAAGCUUCAGAUGUCUGUGCCCGGCAUCCUGAACCCCCACGAGAUCCCCGAGGAGAUGUGUGACUGAGCUGUCCCCCUCUCACUCAAACACACACACACACACACCACAGUCUCAAUCGCAUACACUCAUACACUUACACACCUACACCUGUACAUAAGGACACAAAUGAAAAACUAAAAUAUACACAACCGAGAGAGCUGAGUGCUGAGGCGGCACACCUUCCCUGGGCAGCCUGAGUGUGUGUGUGUGUGUGUGUGUAUAUGUGCGUACAUGCUCUUUGACGAUUGUGUGUGUGUGUGUGUGUGUAUGCGUGUAGUUAGCCUGUCUUGUGGAGAGGUAAGAUCAGCACUCGGGUGGUUGUCGACCAAAACAAUGCCAAUAUGUAAAUGCUACUCACCCAGUGGCCCUUUUUACAUAGUAUGCGUUUUAUAUGGAGACCUGUGUAAUAUCUUUGCAUUGUUCAUUCAAGCAUAGUUGGACAUACCUGAACUAUGAGCUGCAUGAGGUUGUAAGAAUUAGACAUUUUAAAAUUUUGCUUUUGUUUGGAUUUGUUUGCCCUAACAACUCACUGCCCCCCCCCCCCCC